GAAGGAUGUUUGUCCACUGUUCAGGUGCCUCACUAUGAAGAGACGCUGCUGGGAGGAGGAAGAGGGCCACGACUUGUCAGACACAGGCUUGGAUCAUGCACCCAUUGUGGUGGGAAAAGAGGAGGAGGAAGAAUGCAGCAGUUCGCCAUCCACCACAAGGAUCUUUCAUGUACAAGCAAGAAAGAAGAGGAGAGGGAUAAUCGAGAAACGGCGCAGGGACCGCAUUAACAGCAGCCUAUCUGAACUACGGCGUUUGGUUCCCACUGCCUUUGAGAAGCAGGGCUCUUCCAAAAUGGAGAAAGCAGAGAUCUUGCAGAUGACGGUAGAUCACUUAAAAAUGCUUCAUGCCAUUGGAGACACAGAUGCUCGAGUGCUGGCAGUCGAUUACAGGACGAUCGGUUUUCGUGAAUGCUUUACAGAAGUAGUGAGAUACUUGGGGACCGUCAAGGAGCAGAGCGGCACCGAUUCUAUCCAGCUACGGCUCCUCUCCCACCUGAACAACUAUGUGGCUGAAAUGGAAACUCCUCCUAGAGCAACAUCCUCCCUCUUGCCCUUCCAGUCCUGGCCUUGGUGGCUUUUCCAUAAAUCUCUAGCUCCUUCUUCCCCCCAAGUCCGUCUCCUCAGGAGGGAGGGCAACCCUGGCUUGGCUGUCCUGGCUGCUUCGUCAGGAAUCUAUCUGGGCCCCAUGCUGGGAGGAACACCCAUUUGCCAAAUUCCAAAUUCUCUCACAUCAGUCUGCUCUAACACCUUGUUUAGUAGAACUUCAUCACCCCAACAGAGUAAGCAUCGCCCACUGAUGACAACAGCCCCCCCCCAGUAGUGCAUCUAGUGAGAGGCCGAGGGAGGCAGCGGCCCUCAGGAGCCGCCAGUUUGCAGCCUUUCUCUUCUCUUCAUCCUCCUCCUCUUUGGCUCACA